AUGGCAGAGGUGAACAAGGGCUUCUGGAAGGGCAUCUUCGACUACUUCAACCUCAACGGCGAUGGCGGCAUCUCUCACCUCGAACUCGCCGGUCUGCUCGAAGGUGUCGGCGCUCCCAUGAGCGACGACCAGCUGCACGACCUCGUGGAGGCGUUCGACGAGAACAAGGACGGGGAGAUCAGCUUCGACGAGCUCUACGGUCUCGUGUCGGGCGAGCGCCUGACCAGCGCCAGCGACAGCGUCAGGCAGCUCGUCGAGAAGAUGCUCCCCAAGGACGUCAACCUGCCCUGGACCACCUUCGCCACCUCGACGUCGGAGGCCCAGUCGGCCGGCGCGGCUCUGGUGUCGAACUGGAACACGCGGCUCACGGUCCCCACGGGCGAGAUGGGCAAGCGCAAGCCGGCCGAGAUUAUGGUCCACAACCGCGAGACCGGCAAGCUCGAGGAGGAGAAGAUCCCCAACUACAUCAAGAUCGCCAUGCGGGUCAUGUACACCGGCAGCGCCAAGUUCGCCGUGGACAGCAGCUCGGUGAAGAAGAUCAUGAAGUCGAUGACCAACAAGCAGGGCAAGAAGUACAACAACCCGGCCUCCAUCAAGGACAUCGAGCCCUUCAUCGAGUUCCACCAGCUCAGCCGUGACGAGAUGCUCGAGACCGUGGACAAGUUCACCAACUUCAACGAGUUCUUCUACCGCAAGCUCAAGCCCAGCGCUCGCCCCCUCGCUUCGCCUUCCGACCCCAAAAUCGCGGUGUCGCCGGCCGAUAGCCGCAUGCACGUGUUCCCCACCAUCGCCGAGGCCCAGCAGAUCUGGAUCAAGGGCCACCACUUCACCCUCACCAGCCUCCUCCAGAACGCCGACCUCGCCAAGCGCUACGAGGGCGGUUCGCUGGUCAUCGCUCGUCUGGCCCCGCAGGACUACCACAGGUUCCACAUGCCCGUGGGCGGCACCCUUCGCCCCUUCACCCCGAUCGACGGCACCUAUUUCACCGUCAAUCCCGUGGCGGUGAACACGUCGGUCGACGUCUACACGGAGAACAAGCGUGUGGUGUGCCCCAUCGACUCGGACGAGUUCGGCCUUGUCACCUUUGUUGCCAUUGGCGCCACCAUGGUGGGCUCAAUCUGCUUCACUACCACGCCCGGCCAGACCAUCAAGAAGGGCGACGAGCACGGCUACUUCGCGUUCGGAGGUUCGACUGUGCUGGUGCUGUUCGAGCCCGGCAAGAUCGAGUUUGACGCCGACUUGCUGGCCAACUCAGCCAAGCCUCUGGAGACGCUCGUCAAGGUGGGCGUCUCCAUUGGCCGCUCCACCCACUAG